GAGGGGGCGGGGCCGGGAGCCGUCGCGGGCUCUGGGCGCAGAUAACUUCUGUACCCCGCCCGCCGCGGGGGUCAGUGCGGUCUCCUCGUCCGGUGGGCAGGAGAAGGCGGAGGACAACAAAAAAGCGGGCUGUGGCUCGGCGUGAGGAGGUGGCCGGGGAGGACUCUGGAGGGCCGAGGACGCGUCCCGGAGAGGGUGAGGCACAGCGGCGGGACGGGGACACCCGGGGCUCCUCCUGCAAGCUGAGCCGGGAAGGCGUCGGGGCUCCUCCUGCAAGCUGAGCCGGGAAGGCGUCGAGCUCCUGAAGCUCCCGCUGCAACCCGCCAGCCCGAGACACCGGUGCCAUGGCGCUGGCCACCCCGGGAGCCCUGGCCGCCACCACGCCUGUCCCCGGCUCGGAGGAAGAGGGCGAUUUUGACAACUAUUACUUAGGGACCGACAACCAGUCGGAGUGCGAGUACGCAGAUUGGCAGUCGUCGGGCGAGCUCAUCCCCGCCAUCUACCUGCUGGUCUUUUUCCUGGGCACCACGGGCAACGGCCUGGUGCUGUGGACCGUGUUCCGGAGCGGCCGGGAGAAGCGGCGCUCGGCCGACGUCUUCAUCGCCAGCCUGGCGGUGGCCGACCUGACCUUCGUGGUGACGCUGCCGCUGUGGGCCACCUACACGUACCGGGACUACGACUGGCCCUUUGGGACCUUCUCCUGCCGCCUCAGCAGCUACCUGGUCUUCGUCAACAUGUACGCCAGCGUCUUCUGCCUCACUGGCCUCAGCUUCGACCGCUACCUGGCCAUCGUGAGGCCGGUGGCCAGCGCCCGGAUGCGGCUGCGGGUCAGCGGGGCCGUGACCACCGUGGGGCUGUGGGUGCUGGCCGCGCUGCUGGCCGUGCCGGUCAUGGUGCUGCGCACCACCGGGAACCCCGACAACGGCACCAGCGUGCAGUGCUACAUGAACUACUCCUUGGUGGCCACCUCGGUGGAGUCUGAGUGGGCCUGGGAGGUGGGGCUGGGCAUCUCGUCCACCGCCGUGGGCUUCGUGGUGCCCUUCUCGGUCAUGCUCACCUGUUACUUCUUCAUCGCCCGGACCAUCGCCGGCCACUUUCGCAAGGAGCGCGUGGAGGGGCUGCGCAAGCGCCGCCGGCUGCUCAGCAUCAUCGUGGUGCUGGUGGUGACCUUCGCGCUCUGCUGGCUGCCCUACCACCUGGUCAAGACGCUCUACAUGCUGGGCGGCCUGCUGCACUGGCCCUGCGCCUUCGAUCUCUUCCUCAUGAACAUCUUCCCCUACUGCACCUGCAUCAGCUAUGUCAACAGCUGCCUCAACCCCUUCCUCUACGCCUUCUUCGACCCGCGCUUCCGCCAGGCCUGUGCCUCGGUUCUCUGCUGGGGCCGCCACAGGUGCGGGGUCCCCGCUCACAGCAGCGGCAGCGGGGACAGGUCCGCCAGCUACUCGUCGGGGCACAGCCAGGGCCUGGGCGCCGGCUCGGGCAAGGGCGGGGAGCCAAUGCAGGAGAAGUCUGUCCCCUACAGCCAGGAGACCCUCGUGGUGGACUAGGUGGCCCGGGGCCGGCUCUGGCCCCUGGGACCCGGUUAGUCCGGCCAAGCAGUCCCGGCUCCCCGGCUCGCCCUGCGGCCGCGGACAGGUGUGCGAUUGAGUGGCGAGAGCCCACCUAUGUACAAAAUCUCGCAACGCCCCUCCUCCUCCAGAGCCUCAGUUUCCCCGUUUGUAUGAAGUGGGGGAGGGUCCUGCAGCCCCUCCUUCGGGGACGCGUGAGUCCUGCCCCGCCAGGUGUGUUUGCUUCCCACUGAGAUCCUCGCGCCGCUCAGCGCUGGCCCCUUCUCCCUGGCCCCUGCACCCCGCAGGCCCUCCCUCCCUCCCCCCACCUUUGCCUAGGAUCCCGGGGCUCCCGAGGGUCUGCUGCGACUCUGGGCAUGGCUGGAGGGGCGGCGAUGGGGCAGGGCUGUGUGAGCGGAGAAUCAGCCCCGACCCUGUGUCUGCAGUCGCAGAGCUCUGGAGACCAGCUUGGCUGAGGGCACUGAGGCAGAGGACCCCAGGGGUGAUGCGCUUUCGGCUGGAGUUCCCCUGCCCCAGCCCCAGCCCCAGCCCCCUCCCGCCUCUGCCGUCCGGAGCAGAGGAAGCUGCGGCCCGCUGGACGUCCCGGUUCCGCUGCCCCGCGGUAGGGGUAGGGUGGGGGUUGGGCGGGGAGAAGCAAGGCCAGGUGGAAGAGCCUCUUCCUGUCCGCCUAUUCAGCGCCCCUCCUGGGGCAGGGGGCUCUGGGUGCCAGAGCCCAGCAGGGCUGGGACCCUGGGAAUUGUGCAAAGCUGCACCAUAGGCCGAGCAGAAAUGAGCUUGGAUGAGUUCCCUCCCAGUCGGUUGGUUGGGAGAGAAGGGUUGGGGGGGCAGGAAGGGCACAGUGAGCGCACCCCAUUGGGUGGGGGCUGACGGCUGGUCCGUGGUCUGCGCCUGUGCCCUGUUAGGCUGUGUCCUCUGCAGGGAGCCCCAGUCUUGGGUCCUACUGGGGGUGCUGCUUAGCACCCUCCCCAGCCCUGACCUUGCGAGCGUUCCCCUCCCCCACUCCUGCUUCUAAGGUCACCAUCCCCUGCUUGUCAGGGGGUAGGAGGUGCGGUCUGGGUUCCCCUCCUGCCUCUGGGCAGCGGUGACAGGACAGUGGUGACGACAGGACAGCGGUGACGGCUGAUGGUGAGAUGUGCCCACCACCAGAGAGGCCUUAGGACAGUGCUGCCAGGGCCAUGGAGAGUGGUGGAGGGCAUGAACAUCCUGCACUUGUCCCAGCUCUCUGGAACAGAGGACAAGACAAGUGUGGUGGGAACUGGAAGACCCCGGCACCAUGAGCGAGGACAGUGUGGCCACCUGGGAUGGAGCCCUUACAGAAGCAGAGGCAGGAGGGUCUCUUCACUUGGUCUCCUGCCUUGGGACCAGAACCUUCCCCAUGCCCGCAGUGACCAGGUCACCCUCAGGGCACCCAGGAGACUGCAGUUGGGCUUUCUCCCCUCACCUCUUCAGGAUGUCCCUGCUGCUUCCCGACCCCAUCAGUUCCUGUGUCUCAUCCAAUAAAGUGUGUUGUGUCACUG